AUGGGUGUAUCUGUCUCUAUUCAGCAGAGGGGGCAGCUCAAGAAGACGGCCUUGUUCUUUGCUGGACUGGGACAUCUUCAACCUAUGCUACUGGCAGCCACCAAUUCCGACUACCUACUGGACAGGUUUCUUCUCGAGAAGCGUUGUUCCAGUGAGUAUGUUUCCAGGACAGUCACCUCACUCAUCUUCAUAGAGAUCUUGGCGACUAUUCUCAUGGGAGGGUUUGGAGUGCUCUUAGGGCUAUAUAAAUUCAUACCUGAAGGAGAAGAGGAAGAAUACUUUAGGGGUUGCUUGACUUGUGUCAUCCAAUGGAUCCUCUUCUUUGGGUAUACACAGAUACUCAAUGCUUUUGUCAGGGGUGGAGAAAGGGGACACAUUCAAUGGUUCUACUAUUCCCUACUAUUUCAACACUUUUUUACCUGUAUCAUAGGUGCAGGUAUUGGAUUUAUAGAUGUGGACAGGGCACUAUGGUACCUUAUGAAUAUUCCUGUAGCACCCGUCCUUAUCUUCUUCUACCAGAUGUGGAUUCACAUGUGGUUUAGAGAUUACAGACCUAGAGAUAUUAAGUAUCUUGUUGUCAAGAGUCAGAUAUGGCUAGGUGUUUUAAAUUCGUCUGUUGCAACAGUACUGUGGACGAUAGCCUACUUUCCUGGGUUGCUGGAAGCAAAAAGUGAUGGAGUAACCAUUAAGCUCUCAGAAAACAAAGAGGUCAAUGGAAAGAUCAUGAUUUACAAUGACUCUACCGGGGGUAGGACUAUUCAAGUCAAAGGAACUGCUGAACCUAGUGAACCUCCUGGCUUCUGCAAGUGCACUCAUACUAUACAUCCUGGAGGAACUCAACAGUUCAGAGUAAAUAUAGUAAAAGAUGAUGGCAGCGCCCCGCUAAUCCUCUGCCCAUGCAUUGAAGGACCUGUGGAUGAAGUAGCAGCAUACUAUGAAAAGGAUUGUGACUCAAUUACCCAGGCUAAAGGAUCUCCUCUCCUAAUCUGUGUGAAAUCCGGAAACUCCUACUGCUACUACUGCAAGGGAGAUGCCACCUACUGCGAUGAUCUUGGUCACUACUACUGUAAGGGUCCUGGUACCUGCUGGUACAGGUAUGUCUACAAGGAUAGUGGAAACUGUAAGGAGAUACCAAAGGAUGGUGGUACUGGUAGUGAACUAGGUAAACUGCUUAGCGUACUUAGUAGUGGUGAUAAAACUCUUACCAAGGAUAAGCAUUCUAAACUUAGUGAACCCCUUAAGAAGAAUUUCCAAUCUGAUCAUCCUAAUUAUGACUAUUGGAAGAUUUUGGGUAAUCAUGAUGGCGGUUCAGCGUGGAAUCCUCGAUACUGGCGCUUAUCUCAGACAUGUAUGCCACUGAUUAUGCAUGGUUUAGCGGUUGGAGCUAUGGGUUCAAUUUAUCCUCAUUUAGUCCCAAAGACUUUGGUAUCUGCUAAGCAUGCUCGUAUAUUUGACGUACUCAGUAUGUUCUUGGCAGCAAUUGUUCAGAUUUUGAAUCUUAUAUUUUUUGAGCAUAAGAGUAAGGCAUUUGCUAACAGACCUUGGGAAGGUGGAGACAGAUGGUACCUUACUUGGCUUCUCUAUAUACCAUACUUUUUGUCAUUCCUACUCAUCAUCUUUAACAUUCACUAUCCGCAUUGGAGUAUCUGUUGCUAUAUCAGGAGUCACACUUGGUCGGCGUUUCUCGUUAUGCUUUCUGUUAGUUUUAUCAAUGACCUUUUCCUGGCAGUAGGUAGGGGUGGUAUCAUGGACCAGAGGAGUGGUAAUAAGGGAAUUGAUGGUAGGUAUUUGAAGAAUGAUCAUUCUCUCUUUAACAAGAUGGCUCCGUUUAUGGCCCUCUCUUUUAUACCAUUCUGGUUAACGACAUCUCCAAUGAUAAAGAGUUAUGCUCAUAGUGUUUACCAGUUUCUGUCUGAUAAGGAUAGAGAUUCUUGGCCUACUUCACGUUAUGGGUUUUGGAGUUUGUCUGUCACUCUAGUAGACUCUUUAAGAGAUUCUUUGGGAGAUUCUCAUAGGACCAAAAGGUGA